AUGGCACGGCAACUACUUCUGCUGUCUAAAGUGGCAUGGCAGCACCUGCUGCUGCCUGGUGCGGCACAGCAGCGACUGCUGCUGCUGUCCGGAGCGGUCCAAGACGCGGGGAAGCCGAGGGGCAGCGAGACGCGGCUGAAGACGCAGGCUGCUGUUGCUGGUCUGAGGAGCGGCCGAAGUGCGCAGGCAGCGCCUGUAGUUGCUGCUGCUUGUCUGAGGAGGCGACGAAGUGCGCAGGCAGCGCCUGUAGCUGCUGCUGCUGAUCUGAGGAGGCGACGAAGUGCGCAGGCAGCGCCUGUAGCUGCUGCUGCUGGUCUGAGGGGGCGACGAAGGACAGCACAGCAACGGCCUGCUGUUCGGGCAAAAAAGACGGAGAAACAGCGGCCUGCUGCCUGCUGUUGCCGUUUACCGCGAGGUGAAGCACAGCAACGGCCUGCUGUCUGA